AUGACCAAACCAGAGGUUGUGCGCUUUGGUGAUGGGCACUAUCGGCGUGUAAUCUAUGGGCUUGGGCCCUACAUUGCCGAUUAUGAAGAGCAGGUUCUAUUAGUGUAUAGUGCGCUCUUGGUGUCCAAGGUCUUCGACGUUUCCACAAGGUCAAGGAUUUCAAACAAUGGACCGGUUGAUGAUUUGAAAGUGCUUAUGAAGGUUUAUCUACCCGCCAUUGAAGGUCACGUCCCAAUGGAUGUCGUGCGCACGUUUCGUGCAUUUCUUGAAUUCUGCUAUCUCGUAUGGCGUAAUAUCAUCAUGGAAUCCACGCUGGUUCAAAUCCAGGAUGCUCUCAACCAAUUCCAUCAUUACAGGAAGAUCUUUGAGUCCACUGGCGUUGUUCUCACAUUCUCCCUCCCUCGACAACACUCUUAUUCCCAUUACAUCCUCCUAAUCCAACUGUUUGGAGCACCCAAUGGCCUUUGUUCCUCGAUCACUGAGACAAAGCACAUCAAAGCCAUAAAGGAACCAUGGAGGCACUCAAGUCGCUACAAAGCCCUUGGUCAAAUGCUGGUGACAAACCAGCGCCUUGAUAAACUUGCAGCCUCGCGCAUUGAUUUCAAGAGCCGCAGGAUGCUGAAUGGCACUUGUCUGUCAGAAAUGCUUCGAGCAUUAAAGCGGUUGCGGUUAAAUACAGAACCUCAUGCCAACCAGCCCGAUCAACCCAAUGAGAGUAGCAUUCUGCUACUCCCCAACCCCGAUAUCACUAUACAGGGCGACAAUGAAGAGGGUGAAGUUAUCGACGGCCCAACAUUGGUGCAGGCCCAUGUUCAGUUGGCAAAAACACCCCAUAAGCCAGCUUAUAUUUGA